ACUUGGGAACUGAGACAGCACUUGUGCACGCCUUCAACUGCAGAGAGAGACGCUGGAACCAAUAGAAUUUACCUUCACACCGCCCUAUGGUCCCAAAUAACCAAUCAUCUACCGGUUUACUGGAAUCUGGGGACUGAUGAGCCAAUCAAAGCGCUCUUCUCCAAAACACCACUGCUUCAACUUCCUAGCGGGAAGCAGCUAUCGGAGGUUAUCCCCAGGCAGCAGGAAUUGAGGAUACGGUAGAAGCUGAAGAAUGAGGCUGUCCCGAGCUGAGUAUAAAGAGAUAGUGAGGUGGACUGAAAAGCUGAGACCUACACGGCAAUGCAUGAAGAUGCUGAAAGACAGAUUCCCUUAUCACUCGCAGUCCACUCUUCUGAGCAUCUUCUCCCUGGAGUACCAGAAACGGACUAAAAGGACAAUCUCAAGGCACCAUGUGCCAGAUGUUAUGGAACGAUACUACCAAAGGUAUCUGAGUGAAACCAAGGCUCGCCCCACUGUUCCUGUCAUGUUGGAGUUGGCAAAUGAGGUGGAUCUGUCUCCUGCUCUGAUGGGUCGUAUUAUCCUGGAACGGUUCCUUAAGGACAUGGACGGCGGCAUGCCUUCCAAAACCGUCCUCAACAGCAUGCUGAAGGAGCCAUCAAUAAUUCCAGACCAAAUACUGGCAAAUCAUAUCUACCAAUGCACAAUAAAUGACUGCUGUUAUGGACCGCUGGUAGACUGCAUCAAACACGCUGUUGGCCAAGAGCAUGAGGUGCUGCUCCGUGACAAGCUGAUGGAAAGAAACCUUUCUUUUCUUGAUGAAAACCAGCUGAGAACUAUGGGCUACGACAAAACACCCGAUAUCAUCCUAGAGGUUCCUAUUGCUGUGGAAGGACACAUCAUACAUUGGAUUGAGAGCAAAGCUUCUUUUGGAGAUGAUCACAGCCAUCGUACCUACCUCAAUGAGCAGUUCUGGAGCUACUGGAACAGGUUUGGCCCAGGCCUUGUGAUCUACUGGUAUGGUUUCAUAGAAGAGCUGGACUGCCAAAGGGACAGAGGUAUCCUGCUUAAAGACUGUUUCCCUACAGACAUCGUUACACUCUGUCACGUCACCCAGCAGGAGCAAACGCCUGAAAGCCAGAAAAAGGACACGGAGUGAGAGACGUUCAGUAAUGGAGAGGAAAAACCAAAAUAAUUACAGACGUGGUGUUGAAAGGGGCAAAAGAUGCAGAACAGUGAGGAGGUGGGAAGGGCUGGAACACUGAACUAUGCAGGGCAGGAUUCCUACUGUAGAUCCGGAAGCAAUUAGGCUUUCCUGCAGUGUGAUGCAGCUGGCAAGAAUCUGCCCUGAACUCCACGUGACCCCCUUUCUCCAUCGGUAUCGGUCUUUCUUCCUCCCAUUCAUUGCGCCAACACAACCUCAUGUAGACACACAACAGCGUUCUGGAUAUCUGACGGUGCACAGCCAGAUUCUGCUUGCGGUCGACACCUGGCCCUUGGAUGGCCUCUCGCAGUGGAUGGCCAGGGCGGAGGCAGGACACAAGACCCUCUCUUAUCGCACCCAAAGCCCUGGCCUUUGUCACUCCUUCCGUCUCCGUUCCACUGGGUAGAUAAGGGAGGUGCGUUCAAGGGGCUGGGUGGGUGCCUGUCUUUCACCUGCGUCACUCGGUGCCCUCUCAGUCACUCUGCAGGGGGGUAAACAGGAUCAUUUCUGAUUAAGGUUGCCCUCGCGAUGACCCUCUUACAUGUUUAUUUCUGUACAUUGUUUUAAAGCUACUUUGUCUACAGUUGGCAUUCAUUUAGUGACCAAUUCAAUUACUGCAACUAAUAUUAUUGUAAUCUGAGGGCCUUUUUCCAAACUGAUUUUACUAAGAUUUCUUAUAGUUUCAUGAAAUUACACAGUUAAUUAUUUCAUACAUACUGUUUGAGCUUGAGCUAUUAAAUAAAUGUAUAAUAUGAAUAACCUUUUGUUUUUAAUCAAUUGAAUAAAAACUAUGUUUGUAAAAUGUCAA